AUGCUGCCCACGCCCGACACAUCGCACGUGCCGUACGCGCGCGUGUACGAGCCGGCCGAGGACUCGUUCCUGCUGCUGGACACGCUAUCGUCAGCAAGCGAGACGGCAUUUCUGGCCUCGCGCUUCGGCCCUUCUACCCCUUCCGCAACACCCACUUCCACAUCCACAUCCACAAAAACAACACCCGCACCACUAGUCCUGGAAGUUGGCCCGGGGUCGGGCGUCGUGGUGGCGUUCCUGGCAGCGCACGCGCGCGCCAUCUUCGGGCGCGCCGACGUGCUGGCGGCCGCCGUCGACGUGAACCGCUUCGCGUGCGACGCGACGGCCGCGACGGCCGCCAAGGCCGUUUCCUCUUCCUCUUCAGGGGCAGGGUGUUUCCUCGACGCGGUGCAAGGCGACCUCGCCGCGCCGCUGCGCGCUGGCGUCGUCGACGUGCUCGUCUUCAACCCGCCGUACGUGCCGACCGAGGCGCUGCCACUACCACCACCACCGCCAGAAACCUCACCUGAUAUUAUUGAGAGAAAGACAACAUUUGAAGAGGACUCGCACCUGCUCGCGCUGUCGUACGCGGGCGGGCGCGACGGCAUGGAGACGACGGAGCGGCUGCUCGCGGCGCUGCCCCUCACUUUAUCAGCGGCGCGCGGCUGCGCAUACGUGCUGCUGUGCGCAGGCAACCGGCCCGACGAGGUCAAGGCGCGCGUGCGCACGUGGGACACGGACUCUGAAGGACGGCCCUGGAGGGCCGAGACGGUUGGUUUGAGCGGGAAGCAGGCCGGGUGGGAGAAGUUGCAAAUUGUGAGGAUCUGGCGG